AUGCAUCUUUCAAACUCACAGCAGACUCAGCGCCUCGCCGCUGAUCAUGAGGACCUUCAUAGACUCAACCGUAUUUUGGGCAGUGUUAGGGGCAUCGUCAAUAGUGAAGGCGUCGCCCGUAACCCAAGAAUCAAAUGGGUUUUUAUCAUUACCAUUAACAGUUACAGUGUUCAGCUUGAGAUCGGAACACCUGGUCAACGGGUCAGCGUGACCAUCGAUACUGGGUCAGACAUGCUAUGGGUUAACCCCAAAUGCUCCUUCUACUCUUCGUCGCAGCCGUCAUUGUGCUUUGGAAAGGUUCAGUAUAACACCAGUGCUUCAUCGACGUGGAGAAACCUGACCAAGCCGUUUGAGCAAUUAUAUGGGAUUGGUGGAGCUUCAGGGACGUUCUCUACCGAUCGCAUAGGCAUCUAUGGUAGCAAAACUGUACUAAAUGAUGUACAAUUUGGCGUGGCCACAAAUUCGUCAAACCAAAACUUGGGUGUAUUGGGUGUAGGAUGGGGUUCCAACCUCGGCUACAAGAGUUUCAUCGAUGAGCUGGCGUCUCAGAAGGUCACCAACUCGAAAGCAUUCUCCCUCUCACUGGGUUCGCGUGACAACAAUGAAAGUGCCAUCAUUUUCGGCGGAGUAGACACCAAGAAGUUCAGCGGGCCGCUGACAACCAAGCCGAUUCUACCUCCACAGAGGGGAGAGACAGGCGACCGAUAUUGGAUUCAAUUAGAUUCCAUUGGCUUGUCCGGGGGCAGUUACGGCACCAAAACCAUCAACAAAACCAGCCUUCCAGUCAUCUUCGACUCUGGCUCCACGUAUCACUUUCUCCCGGACGAAACCAAUUCCCAGAUAGCCUUGAGCCUUGGUGGUAACGGCAAGAUCUCACUCAAUGGGGGAUUUCAGGUUCCGUGUGAUGCCCAGCGCUCCUCGGCGACGAUGGACUUUAAGUUCGGAGAUAUGACAAUUCGUGUUCCUCUUCGUGAGAGCAUUAUUCCGACGGGAGGAAAAUGCUACGUGGCCUCGCUCACCCAAGAACCCAGAUUCAAGGGGCUCAACAUCCUGGGGGACAACUUCCUGCGCUCCGCGUACGUCGUGUUUGAUCAGGACAAGCGACAGAUCUCCCUCGCGCAGUCUGCCAACUGCGGGAGGAACGAGCAGGCAAUCACAACGGCUGGUGCCGCUGAUUUCUUUGGCGAGUGUGGAGGGGCACGGAAAAAUGUAGCAGUAUCGACAUCCAACUCUCUGUCCGUGUUAUGGGGUCUGGCCGUAGUAGCCGCCAUGGCACUUUGUUUAUAG